CCCGAGCUCAACUGAUAUCCCCUCUUCACCUAUUGCAAUUCCAGGACGAUCCAGAUGACUGGGCAACAACCUCUGUCACCCUGUGAGCUGCAGGUACUCAGAUCUGUAGGGACAACACCGGGCCCUCCCAGAAGCUGUGAAAUGGAACUGUUGACAUUCAAGGAUGUGUCUAUAGAGUUCUCUAUGGAUGAGUGGGCCUACCUGAACCCUGCUCAGCAGACUUUGUAUCGGGACGUCAUGUUGGAGAACUACGGACACCUGGUCUUCCUAGGUCUUACUCUGUCUAAGCCCGAGGUCAUUACCUGUCUGGAGCAAAGGAAAGAGCCCUGGAAGGUGAAGACACACCAGACAGUAGUCAAGCCCCCAGCUAUAUCUAACCAUCCUGACCAAGACCAUUUGCAAGAUUUGGACACAAAUACUUUAUUUCCAGAGAUAAUUCUGAGAAGAUAUCGAAGUUGUGUCCCUGAUAAUUUAAACUUAACAAAAGACUGGGCAAGUGUGUCUGAGUGUAAGCAGCAGAAAGUAUUGGACAGUGGACUUGACCAAUGUUUAACGGCUACCCAUACCAAAAUCUUCCAGUGUAGUAAAUGUUUGAAAGUCUUCACAAAAUUGUCAAAUGUAAGUAGACAUAAAAUGAUACAUACAAGAGGGAAAACAUUUCACUUUAUAACGUAUGGGAAAGCCUCUAAUCCAUGCUCACAUGUUACUAAACAUAAGAUAAUCCAUAUUGGAGAAAAACAGUACAAAUGUAGCAAAGUCUUCAAAUCUGACUCAAGCCUAUCUAAGCAUAAGAGACAUCAUAAUGGAGAGAAACUCUACAAGUGUGAAAAUGAUGGCAAAUGUCUUAAUCUCAGAUCGAAAUAUUGUAACGAUGAGAGUAUUGAUAGUGGAAGAAAACACUACAACUAUGAAGACUGUGACAAACUUACCAAGGAGUACUCACACCUUUCUGGAGAUAAAAGAAUUUGUUCUGGAGAGAAACCCUAUACAUGUCAAGAAUGUGGCAAAGCCUUUACUUUUAGGUCAUCCCUUACUAAACAUGAAAAAAUUCAUUCUAAAGAGAAACUCUACAAAUGUCAAGAAUGUGGCAAAGCCUUCAAUAAUAAUUCAGCCCUUACUAAACAUAAAAGAAUUCAUUCUGGAGAGAAACCCUACAAGUGUCAACAAUGUGACAAAGGAUUUAACUGGUACUCCCAACUUUCUCGGCAUCAAAGAAUUCAUUCUGGAGAGAAACCCUACAAAUGUCAACAAUGUGGCAAAGCCUUUAGUUACAAUUCAUCCCUUACUAAACAUAAAAGAAUUCAUUCUGGAGAGAAACCCUACAAGUGUCAACAAUGUGGCAAAGCCUUUCACCAUCACUCAAGCCUUUCUGUACAUCAAGUAAUUCAUUCUGGAGAGAAACCCUACAAAUGUCAACAGUGUGACAAAGCCUUUGCUUUGAAAUCAUACCUUACUAAUCAUGAAAGAAUUCAUUCUGGAGAGAAACCAUACAAAUGUCCAAAAUGUGGCAAAGCCUUUGCUUUUAGUUCAUCCCUUACUCUUCAUGAAAGAAAACACUCUGCAGAGAAACCCUACAAAUGUCAAGAAUGUGGCAAAGCCUUUAAACAGUAUGCACACUUUUCUGUACAUCAAAGAAUUCAUUCUGGAGAGAAUCCCUACAAGUGUCAACAAUGUGGUAAAGCCUUUAAUGUUAGUUCAACCCUCACUAAACAUCAAAGUAUUCAUUCUGGAGAGAAAUCCUACAAAUGUCAACAAUGUGGCAAAGCCUUCAAUAAUAAUUCAGCCCUUACUAAACAUAAAAGAUUUCAUUCUGGAGAGAAACCCUACAAAUGUCAACAAUGUGACAAAAGAUUUAUCUGGUACUCCCACCUUUCUGAGCAUCAAAUAAUUCAUUCUGGAGAGAAACCCUACAAAUGUCAACAAUGUGACAAAGGAUUUAACUGGUACUCCCACUUUUCUCAGCAUCAAAGAAUUCAUUCUGGAGAGAAACCCUACAAAUGUCAACAAUGUGGCAAAGCCUUUACUAAUAAUUCAUCCCUUACUAAACAUGAAAGAAUUCAUUCUGGAGAGAAACCCUACAAGUGUCAACAAUGUGGCAAAGCCUUUCACCAUCACUCAAGCCUUUCUGUACAUAAAAUAAUUCAUUCUGGAGAGAAACCCUACAAAUGUCAACAGUGUGACAAAGCCUUUGCUUUGAAAUCAUACCUUACUAAUCAUGAAAGAAUGCAUUCUGGAGAGAAACCAUACAAAUGUCAACAAUGUGGCAAAGCCUUUGCUUUUAGUUCAUCCCUUACUCUUCAUGAAAGAAAUCACUCUGCAGAGAAACCCUACAAAUGUCAAGAAUGUGGCAAAGCCUUUAACCGGUAUGAACACUUUUCUGUACAUCAAAGAAUUCAUUCUGGAGAGAAGCCCUACAAGUGUCAACAAUGUGGUAAAGCCUUUAAUGUUAGUUCAACCCUCACUGACCAUCAAAAAAUUCAUUCUGGAGAGAAAUCCUACAAAUGUCAACAAUGUGGCAAAGCCUUUAGGUGGUACUCAAACCUGUAUGUACAUCAAAGAAUUCAUUCUGGAGAGAAACCCUACAAAUGUCAACAAUGUGGCAAAGACUUUACUUGUAAGUCAUACCUUACUAAACAUGAAAGAAUUCAUUCUGGAGAGAAAUCCUAAAAUGUCAACAAUGUGGCCAAACCUUUAGGCAGUACUCACACCUUUCUAAACAUCAAAAAAUUUAUUCUGGAGAGAAACCCUACAAAUGUCAACAAUGUGGCAAAGCCUUUACUAAUAAUUCAUCCCUUACAAAACAUAA